AUGGGCCAAUUUUUUCAUUGGCUUAUUUAUGACUCAUUUGGCCGUGCAUCUAAACGAGCUAAACGAAAAAUAAAAUGGAUCAAUAAUCAAAGAGAUGAUGAAUACUAUGCCAUUAUUAUUGGCACUGGGUUUUCUGGUCUUGGUAUGGCUAUUAAAUUUAAUGAACUUGGAAUGGAUAAUUACAUUCUCAUUGAACGACACGGACAUGUCGGUGGGACAUGGUAUGCUAAUAAAUAUCCAGGUUGUGCAUGUGAUGUUCCAUCGAAUUUAUAUUCGUAUUCAUUCGAACCAAACCCGAGAUGGUCACAUUAUUUUAGUCGACAACCUGAAAUAGCUCAAUAUCUGGAACAUUGUGCAGACAAAUAUAAUAUUCAUCGACAUAUUCAUUUUAACACAACUGUUUCACAGUUAAAAUGGAUCGAAGAACGACAAUUAUGGCAAGUUAAAACAACGGCAAACGAUGUAGAAAGAAUUUUCUAUGCUCGAUCAGUUGUUCUUGGUACUGGUCUAUUAUCGAAUGCUGCUUAUCCAAAUGAUAUUCCAGGUAUCGAUACAUUCGAAGGUCAAAUGUGUCAUACAGCUGAAUGGAAUAAGACAAUUGAUUUUAAAAAUAAGCGUGUAGCUGUUGUUGGCACAGGCGCCAGUGCUAUACAAGUUGUUCCGGAGAUUCAACAGAUGAAUGUCUCACAACUACUUGUUUUUCAACGAACUCCACCAUGGAUUAUACCUCGAGUUGAUCGAACUAUCACACAAUGGGAAAAAAAUUUAUUAGCGCGUUUUCCUAUUGUUCAAAAAUUAAUACGUCUUUUUAUUUAUUGGAUCACAGAAUCUGUUGCAUUAUCGUUUGUUUAUCGUUGGCCAUUGAAAAUUAUAAAUGAAAAAUUAGUUAAAUUUAAUCUUGAAAGACAAAUAGGAGAUGAAAAAUUUCGAACUAAACUUACGCCGUCAUGGGAAUUCGGAUGUAAACGUAUGUUAAUAACUAAUGACUGGUAUCCAACAUUACAAAAACCGAACGUUCAACUUGUCUCAAAUCGUAUUCGAGAAAUCCAAUCGCAUUCGAUCAUUACUCAGGAUGGUACCGAAUAUCCAGUAGAUAUUAUUAUUUGGUCAACUGGAUUUCAAGCACAAGAAUUUCCAUUACCUGUCUAUGGACUCAAUGGACAUUCAUUAGCUGAACAAUGGUCUCAAACAAUACAGGCUUAUCGAGGUGUAACUGUGCCCAACUUUCCAAAUUUCUUUAUUCUCCUCGGUCCAAAUACAGCUCUCGGUCAUAAUUCAGUUGUUAUUAUGAUAGAAUCACAAAUAAAUUAUGUAGCAGAAGCAUUUCUUUAUAUGGAUGAAAAUAAUCUACGAUCAAUUGAAAUAAAAGAAGAUGUACAUGUAGAGUAUAAUCAAAAUUUACAAUCAAAAUUAAAGCGAACAGUAUGGCAGAAAGGAGGUUGUCAUUCGUGGUAUCAAGAUGCUAAGGGUAAUAAUACUUCAAUAUGGCCUGAUUUCACAUGGAUUUAUAUAUUACUAAUGAAAAAUUUUGAUUAUAAAAAUUAUUUUUUAAAAUCAUAA